UCUCCCUUUCACCUGAAAAAAAAAAAGCUUCCUUUUUUCCAUAAUUUUCUUUUUUAGAUGAUUAAUGUCUUUUAGACUACUCUAAUAUGAUUAUAAUGUAAAAGAAAAAGGAAAGGAAAUUCAUCCUUUCUCUAGUUCUGUUGGUCUCUUUGUUAUUCUUGUUAUGUUGUUUGAUGGGACUGUGUAACGAAGAACAAAAAUGGAGAAGUUAAGACAGGACAGUGGUUAUUGUUCUUUAGUUGUAAAAAUGUUACAACUUUGUACAAUUUGGUUCUUGUUUGGGUUUCGUUCUAAGUUGAAUCUAUUUAACAACAAUUUCCAUUGACAAUUUUUAAAGAUAACUUGAAGAAAUUGUUCAUUACAUCAUCAACCAUGAAGAGAUCCCGAAGCUCCGAUUCUUUGGGUGCUUUAAUGUCGAUCUGCCCAAAUUCAGAUGAACAUAGUCCCAGAAGCAAUGUUUACAGUCGGGAGUUUCAGUCGAUGUUAGAUGGAUUAGACGAAGAAGGUUGUUACGAAGAAUUAACGGUCGUCGGCCAUGGCGGCGCUGGCGGGAAGAAGAGACGAUUAAGUGUAGAUCAAGUGAAGGCAUUGGAGAAGAAUUUCGAAGUGGAAAACAAGCUCGAACCCCACAGGAAAACGAAACUCGCCCAAGAACUCGGCUUGCAACCGCGACAAGUUGCUGUCUGGUUCCAGAACCGUCGUGCCAGGUGGAAAACCAAGCAAUUGGAUAUAGAUUACGGUGUUCUCAAAACCAGUUAUGAAUCUCUUAAGCUCAAUUACAAUACCCUCUGCCAUGAAAAUGAAGCUCUUCUCAAACAGAUUAAUGAGCUGAAGGCAAAGCUUAAUGAGCCGCCGCCGGUUUCACCUUUGGAUACUUCAUCGGAACCGGCGGAAUUGAACUGCCUAAGUGGAUCAGUUGAUGGUGGCGACACCGUUUUCCCCGACUUGAAAGACGGGUCGUCAGAUAGUGAUUCGAGUGCUAUCUUGAAUGACGAGAAUAACGGCGGCGGCGGCAACCCGAGCAACGUGGUGGCAUGUUCAUCGCCGUCGUCCAUGAGCAGCUGCUUCCAGUUGUUUAAAACAACUUAUGUGAAGAUGGAAGAGCAUGAUUUCAUCAGUAGUACUGCGGACGAAGUUUGCAAUUUUUUUGCAGACGAGCAAGCUUCGAGUCUUCAAUGGUGGAUCUGAAUCAGAAGACAUAGGAUCUUCUGUAACGAAAUGCAAUAAGACCGAUAAUUUUGUCUGAAAAGGAACAAGGAUGACGUGGCGGAGGCGGAAGUUGUCAGCCAAUGUGUCGAGUAGCAGCCACUGCGGUGGCGAAUGCAGUGGGCGGGCGUGUGGGUGAAUGAUUAGAUCGUAAUGGAAGCUCUUUUUUAUUUUA